UGAUGAAGAGGAUAGACACCUCGAUUUAUUUCAUGUAAUGAUGGUUAAUCGAGAAUUUUGUAAGAUCGCCGCACCCUUUCUGUGGAACAAGUUCAGCGGUCAACCAAAACAAUUGAUUACAUACCUUUCUUGCCUUGAUCAAAUUUCUCGCACCUAUUUGAAAGAUUGUGAUAUAGAUUUAGAACCAAUACCAAUUGGCGCAACUUUCGAUUAUCCCUCAUUUUUACACAAGUUCAAUAGCAGAUCGUUGAUGGAUAUGUGUCGUUCCUAUACUAGAUUAUUGGAAAUUCCAGUAGCAAUAGAAAAAUUAAUACCGAUGUUUCGAGAACUAUCUAAACUAUUUAUUGGCCACAAUAAUCAUAUACUCGAUCUUCGAAUUAUAUGCUAUGAUCCCUUAAUGAACCCCGCUCUUGAUGACAUGAUUGCAGGAUUGAUGUUGUCAGAGGAAACAAAUAAUUUUAGAAAUAUAAAAGUUUUUCGUUGGGAAAACCUGAAUCACGAUAGCACGUUAUUGUUCUACGAAAUGUCAAAGUCCUUAAGGAAUUUGGAAGAAAUUGAAGUAUUUCCGGACACCAUUUGCAAUGGAGACGCGUUCGCGACAUUUAUUAGAGCCCAGCGAAACCUCCGGAGAAUUUUAAUUUCCGGAGAAAUUUAUCGAGAAUUUGACAAUUUGACACCCAUUUUAGAAGCGUUGAAGAGUCAAGAAAAUACGCUCGUUUGUUUGGAAUUGGACAAGUUGAUAUUGAACCCCAAUGAUCAAAGAGCCAAAGAAGGGUUGAUGGCGUGUAAAAAGUUGAAAUCUUUAUCAUUGUCAAUGGUUCAUGGGCUUUCUAAAUCCAUAGACUUUACCACAUCUUUCACACUACUGGAAAGAUUCCGAUAUCAGCACAAUCUCAAUCCCACUUCUCGUGGGGAUAUGUCCCACGUGUCUUACGAGCUUACAAUCUCCAGAAUAUUAGAGACGUCCGGUGUAAAUAUGCGAUUUGUCACUCUGCAUGAACAUUCUCCAUUAGUUAUCUCCACCAUGAUUCAACAUUGUCAUAAUGUUCAAGAAUUGAAUAUUAAUACCUGCCCAUUAGAAAAUGAGGAGAUUUGUAAUAUAUUAGCAAGUUUGAAGAAAUUACGAGUUUUCUCGUUUCCUUAUAAAGAGAACAUAGAUGUAAAUAAUCUAUUAUUAGAAAUGGCCCAGAAAUUAUCAUCAUUAACCUCGAGUUCAUUGAUUGCAAUGAAAAUAUUUAUGCCAUCCGGAAACCCAGGGAAAAUUAUACCAGAUAUAUUACAAAGGUUUCUUGAAGCUUGUCGAAAAUCUUUGGUGAGGUAUAUCUGGAUAUUAAAUUGUCCACAACACUGGGAUUAUCUCACAGAACGACAUUUGGAAGUUAUUAAGGGAAGUGGAGUUAACUUUCGACUGGACUUACCAUAUGAUAACGUCGUGGCACAAUUUCCUGGUAAAUUAUUUGUUGAAAUCGCAUACAUGUUGUCUUUGUAUAUGUCACUAAGUGAAAUUCUCACAAGUAUUUAUGAUUUGAACCUAUAG